AUGGCAGAACUCGACGCACCUGCUGGCUCAACGACUGGCCCUAGCAUAUCAGGAAGUUUACGCGCUUUUCACAACAUCGCUAAAGUCAAAGCGACCAUAUACAUGUACUCAAGACCGGGCCCUGAUGACGGAGUUUGCAACACAAGCUGCCAUUCUCAGUUCGACGAGUUGAUCAAAGGCACCGAAUUCGAGUUCAAGGAGCUUUCCGAUCUAAACGCAAUUCUGGAUUACCGGCUAGAGAAAAACAAACUAGGAGAGCUUUACUGUUAUGCUCUGGAUAUAGGCAUACCAGAAGGCCAACGGAUUUCGGACAUCAACGAUCAAGCGUGGAGAGACUCACUUUUGAAGCGCGGUCGAAAUCCUAGAGAUAAGGAAGACGGAGAAGCUGCAGUUGCUCUUUUGGACAGAUAUGAAGCUAUCUGUAAAUGGAUCCGGGAGGGUAAAAUCUUUGAUCCUCCAAGUGAAGGGCAAGGAUCUAGUUAUGUGAAGCCCAACGCCUAUCUUGCUAUUAGGUUGGCCGAGACAGAGAUGGCGCUCGAGGAGAUAAAAAUGAAGCUGGAGAAUCUUAGACAACGUACGUGCUCCAUGCUGUCCAUUGAAUCUGUUGUUUGCUAACCUGGCAAAGUUAAGCUAGAGCAAGCAAAACGUGUAGCUUCUUCGUCUGCUGCAGAGUUGCAAUAUAGGGGAAAGAAAAUAAAUAUCGCGGAUCUCUUUCGCUAUAUAAUAGAUUGCCUGCAGCGAACGCUGGCAUAG